UUUUAUUUUUAUCUUUAUUACUUCAUCUUAUGUCAAGUGUUCAUCUUGUAGAGGGUAAACGUAUUUUAUGUACAGCAGAUGUCAGAGGUAACAUCUCUGAACUCAAUCGUCUUGCACGCGACUUCAACGCGGACUAUAUUAUCCAUACGGGUGAUUUUGGUUUCUAUGAUCGAUCCAGUCUAGACAGAAUCGGUGACAGACCUCUGAAACACUGGAUUCAAUAUACCACUUUGAUUCCUGCAGCUACUCGGUCUCGUAUCUUGGCAGGCACAAGUGACCAAAUCUAUCGUACGAUUGAACAAUCACCACAGACACUCUUGAGUGAAUUUUCCGAUUAUUUAGCAGGCAACAAGACAUUGGAUGUACCUGUCUAUACUGUCUGGGGUGCUUGUGAAGACGUGGCUAUUAUCGAAAAGUUUCGCUCGGGUCAGUAUCGUAUUGAGAACCUGUUUCUUUUGGAUGAGGCUUCAACGCAUGUGUUGGAAUUAAGUGGUGUCAGUCUAAGACUGUUUGGGUUGGGUGGAGCUGUUGUGCAACAUAAAUUGUUUGAUAAUGGUGAAGGUACGGACACAAUUGCUGGUGGUUUGGGUGUGAUGUGGACAACUGCCCUGCAGAUUGGCGAGUUAGUUGAACUUGCUGCGAGUGUCUAUGACCCUACAGAAACUCGGGUGUUAGUGACCCAUGCAAGUCCCGGAAGAGAAGGACUUUUAGCUCAACUUGCUUUAACUUUACAUGCUGAUUUUACUAUUUCUGCUGGUCUUCAUUUCCGUUAUAAUAUUGCUUAUAAUGAAUUUGCCUGCCAACCUGAAAUUGAUCAUUUCCGUAACAGAUUAUUACAAUCUCAACAACAGUUUAUGCAAUUAUGGGAUGCCAUUAAAGAGCAAGUAGAAGAUUCAGUCGAUGAACACCAAUAUACAUUGCUUCGUAAUGCUCUCAAUGUCGUCAACCGUAUUCCUCCUUCACUUCAAGACCUGGAGCCAGGCUCUGAUAGAUCCAGUGCUGAAUCUGCUUUUUGGGAACGCGAUGAACUCGCUUAUAAAAACAUGUGGAACUUCAAUUUACCCGAUGCUGCCUAUGGUUCCUUGAUGUUUACUAUCCAUCAAGGCAUCAUUGCUUCUGAAAUGAAGAGUUAUGGUUUGAAUUUCUCUUACCGAAAACAACAAGCAAGUUCACCUGUACUUGAGAAACCCAAUAGUAAAUCCAAUGAAGAUACUGAGAACACAAGUACAACAGCUAGUACAACCCCUCCUCCUUCUUCAAUCAACAGUCAUCAUAUGUCCAAUACCAAUUACAGAAAUUCAAAGCGACAAAGCAUGCAACCUCGUAAUCUUUAUACAGCUUAUGUGGGUGGUCUUUCCAACACCACAGUGACUGAAGAUGAUAUUCGUGCUUAUUUUGGUCAUGAUAAUGUUACGAGUAUCAAAUUCCCUAUAGAUUCCACGACGCAGUUACCAAAAGCACAUUGUUAUGUUGAGUUUGUUAAUGCACAAGCAUUAGAAGCAGCACUCGCAAAGAACGGUAUGAUUUACCGUGAUAACAAAUUGAUUAUCAAUCGACCCAAUACACAAUACAAUUCACCUGAUAGAAGAGCAAGUACAAGGGGAAGAGGUGGAAGAGGCUACCGUGAUAGUCGUGUUAUGAACAAUGAUCACUAAAAUAGUAAUAAUAAAGAAAGCGAUGUUACAAGUUUCAUGUUAAGUGGAUUACGUUGUUUAUGUAUAUCAAAUGAUCUUG